AUGCGAGGCUGCUCCACAUGGAACUUGAGGCACUUUGGUUCAGCCAUGGGGGUCGACUCUGAUCUGGGCGGUGAAGCCCAACCUGCGACCUCCAGCUCGGAGCAUGUCAGGCGAGCAGAUGCGGAGGAAUGCAUCAAGAAGCUUCACAUCUUGCCCCUCAAGGAGGCGGAUGCUCGAAUAAAAGGCAAAAGUCGGAUGGAGGUGUUGGCCGACACCCUACGGCAGAUUCGGAACACCAAGGAGGUGGUGCGCUCGGGGGAUUUGGUCAAAGCCACGGAGGCGGAGUUCGUGGUCAUCAAGUGUGACCCCCCUCAGGGCUGCCUCAGUAUGGACACGGACUUCUUCGUGGACGGAGCUCCAGUGAUUUGUUUCCAGAAGAUCCAAUUCAGUGCCUGGGGUCCUACGGAGCUCUCCUCCGAGCAGCUCUUCAACGAGUACGUGAGGCCAUACUUCAAAGGUGAGUACGCGCCCUACGGCCCCAAUGCGAAACGAGUCCGUUUGCUCUACACGGGGCAAGUGGUGAAGUUGGACAAUGAUAUCUACCUGCAAGUGGAGGCCACCGAGCCUACUGGUCUUGGAUUGGUCUCCACCGAUACGGAGAUCUUUGCGAACUGGGACUCCACCCCGGAAUUCGAGAAGGUUCACAUCCUUCCCUUUAUGGACACGCUUCCGCGGGCUUACCAGUAUGAGCUUUUCAGCGACUACCUGAAGCCCUACUUAGUAGCCAAUCCAUGCAAGAAGUACCAGGCCAAUGACUUCUUCACCUACCAGGGAGUGCAGUUCAAGGUGGUGGCCUGUGAGCCAGAUACUCUUGCGCGCAUCGGCAAGAGCACCACCAUCUUCUGCGAGGGUCAAUUGCAACCUUCGCUGCGAAACUUGCUGCCGCCGAACUUGAUGAGCCAGGUGGCGCAGCUGCCGCAGGGUCUGCAGAUGCUUUUGCUCAGCUCUGAGCGUACGACCCGCGAAGUGGAGGAGAUGUUGAACUCACGUCGGGGACUCUUUCCCGCGACCAUCGACGAGAUCGAACAGUUUGACUGGCCACCUCCACAUGCACACGCGCAGCAGACUUGCAUGGUUCUCCUUCGACACCGGCGCGGACCGGGAUCUCCGUCCUCCGUUCUCCGACCUUCUCCGGGACCUCCGCGAUCUGGACUUCCGGAGGUUUGCCUCGAGGACUUUCAGCUGACACAGCCUUGCCGGCGGCUGCCUUGUUCACAUGUCUUUCACAAGACGUGUAUCGAUGAAUGGCUGCGGAGAUGUACUGACUGCCCCAUUUGCAAGGCCAAUGUCGACAGAGCCGUACGGAAUUACUGA